CGACUCGGGGUUAGAACAGAAGCAUCAGUCGUUGGCAUCCAUUCGUUACGAUAAUACUUCGCAGCCACAAAAAUCUCACAACACCACAGUUAAGGAAAAGGAAUACCAAAAACUAGGCAGAUUGCUGGAAAUUUUGAACCAUUAAAAAUUUUUUGCUUAACAUAUAAAAAUGUUCAAAGUUUGCAUGCUCUCAAUGGCCUUUUUGGCUUUAGCCUCAGCCAAAUCUGUUGCCAAUGAUGACAAUACUCCCACCGUCCCAGAGUUGUGUGCUCUGUUACCAGGUGCCACCAUUCUUCGUCCAAAUUCCUGCACCAAUUGGGUUAAAUGCCCGCCGUUUACAAAUUCCACGGACUAUGAAGAGGGCUCCUGUGUUUUUGGACUGUACUUCAACAAGGACGAGGGCAUGUGCAUGUACAAAGAAGAAAUGGAAUGCCCCUAUGAAUCCUCCAACACUGUAGCAGGAAACCGUUGCGCUCGUGAAAAUGAAGGAACCUUCAUGGCCGACCAUGGAAAUUGCAAUGGCUAUGUUUACUGCAAGGAUGGCAAGGAAAUGAAAUCCCAGUGUCCCAAUAACCUGGUGUUUGAUCCUAAACGCUCUGAAUGCGUUUAUGAAUUCCAAUACACUUGUCCGUCCGCCAGACCCUCAAAUAAGAGCAACCCCAUUUGCUUGUCUUUCCCCAAUAAUGUCUAUUUUGCCGAUCCCGAUGAUUGCACCAAAUACAGUCAUUGCCUCAACGGAUCUCUAGUAACCUACGAAUGCGGCGAAGAUCAAGCCUGGGACCAUCACAAGGGUAUUUGCGUACCCACCUCCGAAGUUGUUUGCUUGCCCACAUCCAAGAAACCUGAACCAGAAAGUGAAGUCUGUGGCACCAAGACCACGGUGCUGGUUGGCCCCAUUAGCGAUGGUGUCUCAUGCAGUGGCUACUACUUCUGCAAGAAAAUGGAAAAUAACACACGCGAUCGCAAACCUGAACAUUUCACCUGUGCCCCCGGCUACUUCUUUGACAACGAUACUCUCUCGUGUCGCGAUCGUUUGAAUGUCAAAUGUUCGCAUGACCGCUGCGAGGGUAUGGAUAAUAAAUAUGUCAAUGUACCUGGCGACUGCAAGGCCUAUGCCUUGUGCAAAAACAAUGUGUCAACCACCAAGGGCAAUUGUCCCAACAAUUACUUCUUUGACGAACGCACCCAAGGUUGUACACCUAGAGUGGUGAGCUAUGCUGCUUGUUCCGCCUAAGGAAGUGAUGGAAAAAAAAAAUAGUGAAAAAGAAAGAAGAAAGGCGUUGAGUAAUUUUCAAGGAAGUUUUCAAACCAUUGUCAUUGAUCUUUUUGGUGAAUUUUAAUAAAAAUCCCUAAACAAAUUAA